AACGAUUACAGCUGUUAGUGGCCAAUACAAAUAGCUGGUAGUUUAAUUGAUUUCAAAACGUUGAGAUAAAAGCAACAUAAAUAUACCUGUCCACUGCCAGCAUGUCCAUGGAGAACUGGAUGCGCGAGCUGCCGGCCGAGCUGCGCGAUCUGUCAAUUGUAAAUUUAGCCAUUCCAGGUUCCCACAAUUCAAUGACUUAUGGAAUUGACAGCAACUCGCGGCUAGCACCCGAUGCGGAUAGCGCCAUACGUCGUUGGCAUCGCUUCUUUCCCUGCUUUGUGCGUCGCUGGUCCCGCAAUCAGUCGGCUAGCAUUUUGGACCAGCUGCAGUUGGGCGUGCGUUAUUUUGAUUUGCGUAUUGCACAAAAUGAGGGCAAAUUCUACUAUUGCCAUGGACUCUUUGCCAUGGAGGUGUUUGAGCCGUUGCACGAGCUGCGCCACUUUCUCGACACCCAUCCCGAGGAGGUGGUCAUACUGGAUUUGCAGCAUUUCUACGACAUGAACAUUAAGCAGCACCAGCAGCUGCAGAAGCAGCUGUUAGAGUUCUUCGAUCAUCGCUUGUAUGCGACAACAGAUGGUUCGCUGCUCGAGUGCACCCUUAAUCGGUGUGCUCAACUCAAGUGGCAAGUGGUGCUCAUAUGCAGACGCUGCCCGAUUGGCUUGCCCCCCUCAUUCUGGCCGAGUUAUGCGUGGCCAACGCCUUGGCCGAACACGGCCAGCAUUAAGAAACUGCAAUCGUUCUUGUCAGCGUCGUUGUUAUCACGUCAGCCCAAACAGGGUUAUGUGUCCCAGUGCCUUCUCACGCCCACGGGGCGUUAUAUUGCCUUGCGUUUCUUCUUCACGCUGAAGCGCACAGCGAAGCGAGUGGAUAAGAAACUAAAGCCCUGGAUAUUAGAGCAGUUUCCAGGACCCUUCGCUAGCGAUGAAGCACCUCGUGUAAAUGUCUUCUUGGCUGAUUUUGUUCACUUGAAGGAUGGUCAGUUCUGUGAAUGGGUUAUUAGCCUAAACAAUAAAAUGGAUCCGUCACAGGUUGAUCUAAUUGCGGAGAAGACUCUCUAAUCUCUAAUAUCUAUUUGUAUUUUAUAAUGCACAUUACGAAAACAAAAAAGUUUUUGUAUUUUUGUACGAAUAUUUUUAUUAAUUUUAUAUGGUGAUAUUUUUUUAAGUAUACAUUUUAUUAUGAAUGUAUGUUAUGUUGCUCUUAUAAGUCUAUUAUUAUUAUAUGAUUUAUUAUUUGCUUUAUUGAACGGAGUAAAAAAAAUGCAAAUUGAAAUGGAAACUUAAAUUAUUUUUAUAUUUUUGUACGCUCUACAAAAUAUACGAAAUAAAUUGUUAGCUUAAAUUAUUUUUAUAAUUUUUGUAUGCAC